AUGAAACGCUACCGAGAGGCAGGAGAUGCAGCCCCGAAAGUGAUGUACGUGGACAGAGAUUGCUGCAGUCUUCAUGGCAAGUCUCAGGUGAAUGUCAUGUUUUCGGAGUGGGAUGAGCUUGAAGUGCGCCUUGACAUCUGGCAUUUCAUGCGGCGAUUUGCUGCAGGUGUCACGACAGAGGCUCAUCCGCUCUAUGGGAUCUUCAUGGCACGUCUGUCCAUGUGCAUCUUUGAGUGGGAUCCAGAUGAUGUGGCUGCUCUUCACCGUGCAAAGGAGGGUGAGCUGGCAGCAAAGAAGGCUGGCCACAUCUCAGGAAAGGCGCUGAGUGCCCGCAUUACCCGGAGAGAGUUGGCACUGCACUGCCGGAGGAGGACCAGGGGUGUGGAGGAGACCACCAGAUUGAUUGGAUCUCUGGUUGAUCUGUUUGACAGUGCGAGUGGUAAAGACACUCUGGGAGUUCCUCUGCUGGACCAUGAACGGAUCCAGCAGAUUUGGAAAGAACAGCGUAAGCACGUACAGUGUAUCCAAGACCCUGAGAACUUUCCCCUCUACACGAAGACAGGGACACUGAAGAAAGGCGGUGUGGAACUGUGCUGCUACAGAUGUGCCCGUGGCUCUACCUCUUUGGAAUCAUUCCACCUCCACCUAAACCGUUUUAUUCCAGGAACCAGUGCCAGUGAUGCACAUUUUCAGGCUUAUCUUCUUGAGGGCUUGAUGCGCUGGAAUGAUGACAGGAUGGAAGAUGCCAUAAAAGGAGCGUCCUCCAUCCGGACAUAUGGCAGUGCCAUGAAAGAGGCUGUGGACAAGCUUUCCCGAACUGUCUUCGGAAAGCCCUGGGAUGAGCGCUAUCACCCUCCUGGAGCAUAUACAGGUGAAUUGCUGGGAAUGGAGUACCUUUACAGCCAGACUGGCAAAACACUUACUCCAGUGCUCCAGAACCCAGAGGAGGAAGACAGGCUGGUGGAGGAAGUUGAUGAUCAGGACCUGCAAGAUGAGGGGUUUGAGGAAGAGAUCAUGGAGGACAUCACAGUUCCAGUGCUGUAUGAGGAUGACCCUUGCCGUGAUCUUGAAAACAGCCCCUCAUCUUUGCCUUUGCAUCAGUCCCCAGCAUCGAUGGCUGAUGUGUUACUGGCUGAGCCGUCCACAUCAUCAUCUCCUGGUGGAGAACGACAGCAUCUUGCCCCUGCCCAUUCAGUGCUGUCACAGCCAUCUGACACUGGAAGCAGUAUUUCCGACGAGGCUCAGGGAGCAGUCAUUGGACCCGAUGGCAUCGCUGGGUGGGACAAGGUCCUGGAUUUGGCUGGUUUCCUGGUGGGUCUUCGUGAGGCUCCUUACCUUACUGACCAGCAGGUGACAGAGGCCAUCCAGCUGUGGAAAGCUCUCCUAGAUUUCGACAAACAGCGGGUCAACUAUCAGCCUCGACAUCAGCCUCAGCUGACACAUGGGCGCUAUAAGGCACCGAAGACACCAGGUGUGGAGAGUGUAAAACGGUGUCUGAUUGGACAUCCUGGGGGUCCAGCGCAGUGGCCCGAUGCCAACCGCUUGGUUAACACCAUUUGUAUGAAGCUUUGUGCUUUACACAAGUCGUCAACCAAGAAAGAUGGAGUUUGCAUCCCCAGGUGGUCUAAAGUUAUUUCAGAUUACCACCACAUCCGAGAGUUGGUGGUUAACAAUCCAACCCUGAUGGAUGAAACAACGAUCCAGCUGUUUGAGAUAAACCAUAGGACACUCAUUCAGUGGUUUCGUAAGUGGAAGAAUAGACUGGAAAUGGGCGUCCUCGGUCAGGGUCUGACUCCAUCUAACCCAAUUGCUGUGGCUGAUACACACCUGCCUCCACCGAGGGAAAAAUUGAAUGAAGUACCAUCAACAUCAGGCCCAAAACAUCAAUUUUUCCUUCCACCAAAUCGUGGAGGACAGGCUCCUCUUCUGCGACCAGGUCGAAAGCCAGCUGCUGCCACCAGGGAGUUUCCCAUCGCACCUGCCUCCACAGCAUCAGGAGUUGUGCAGCCCAUUUUAGCACCCAUCGCACCUGCCCCCACAGCAUCAGGAGUUAUGCAGCACAUUUUAGCACCGGGGUUAUCGUUUGGCACAGUGUCUGUGUCAGUGGUGAUUCCACCUUCUGGUGCUUCGACAUCCAGUGCAGUCCCAGCUCCCCCUGCUCCGGCGUCUGCUGCUCCUGUGUCCCGUUACACCCAAAGGAACAGGCGCCGACGGGCUGUGGAGAAUGAAAGUGGUGUCCAGAAGAGGAACCACGCCCCUUCUCAACUUCCACCUCGAGGAGGUCCCCAAAGCCAACCCAAUGACCAGACAACACGAGAACAGGGAGACUGCAGCCACGAGCAGGCAGGGACGAAGGGCAACGGGGGUACAGACCACCGUAAGCCGGGGGGGGAGGGGAAACGUCAGGCUCCGGCCUGGUCCCUGCUAUCCGUGGCGCCCUCCUUCUUCCUUCCUGGAGGCAGAGUACAACACAGUGUGGCUGGUGGCCGCUGGGACACAAAGCACUGUUACUUGGAUUUUGGAUGCUCCUCACCUGGACUGCUGUUUACAGCUCUCUUGAUGACUACUGGGACACAAAAGCACUGUUAA